GCGUGGUUGACAGCGUGAGCGGAGUAUGAGCUAGCAUAGGGAGCCACUGCGUAUGCUGCUGGUGCUACUGCUGGGGCCACGAGAGCAGCAGGAGCGGCAGCAAAUGGUGUGAUUCCAGCGUGGGUAGCGGCGAUGAUCGUACUCAUCGCUGCAGCGUUCACCAUCAGUGCAGAGUGCAGUGCUCCAUUGGUAGCACCAGCACAUAUAGGUUACGCUCAUGCAGUGCCGCAGAACGUUCCUCCAUACGCCUCCCAAGUCAGCGUAGUCAAUAAGGCGAUCAGCCCGUAUAUUGCGGCUCCGGUCGCUGCGCCACUUGCUGCACCUGUAGCUGCACAAUAUUUUGCUGCACCCUACGCCGCUCAAUUCGCCGCACCUAUCGGUCCCCUUGCCGCUCGGGUUGCACCAGCUGUGGCCACUCCUUUCGCAGCUGCACCAUACGUAGCUGCCCCUUACGCCGCAGCUCCCUAUGCCCUUCCAGGUCCUUUUGCUCCUUCAGCCGCCUAUGCAGCUCCUUACCCUUAUGCAGCUGGCGCACCUUUAAUCCGCGGGGCAUUCGGUGUUGCUCCAGCGUUUGUUCGAUAGAUUUAGAGUUAAUUAAUAGACCUUCCUUCCAAAAGACUUGUUAUUAGAAUAAGAUUGUUAAACAAUAAUAAUACUAUGUAUGAAAUGAUGCACGUACCAAAUUUAGUAAAAUAUUUUUUAUACGAAG